CUGUUCACUUUAUUAGAACAAUUUUAUUUGCAGCAAUGUUAUCGGAAAGUUGUCGGAGGUGCAGUUGUAUCCUGUGAAGCGAACGGUGUCGAACCAGUAAGCGAUGAAACGGCGGAUGAGAACAAUGAAAAAGUGCUGGAUAACAGUGAAGAAUUCUACGAAGCACUGGAACAGAGUCGAUGGAGUAAAGUGGUUUUCAGCGCUGAUAUGCAUGAAAAUGAUCUGUUAAAGGCCCUUUCUUAG